CUCAGUCUCUUUUUAGUUCUCCACUCCAAGGGCGCAUGCCUUUCUACGACAUUCUCUACUAAUUCCUUCAUCUACGGACGACUUCAUCAUCUCUUUUCCCUGCCUUUUCAACAUCGGAUCUGCAAACACGACCAUCUUCAUAAAGUUUUGUGAAAAGUCAUCUGCCUAUACUUGAAAGAUGGAGGCCGACAACGGGCGUGAAGACUCCUCGCCACACGAGAGGGAGCAAGAUGGACAGAAAAAGCACAAACCCUGCUCACGUAGAAUGAGUUUGGCUGACUCAGGAUCCCCUAAAACAGAUCAGGGAGAGGGUUCCUAUGACUGCUCCCUGCGUGGGGAAAGUUUCUCCCAGCCAUUGGAUCUUGCUUGCCAUCAGAAAACUCAUCCUGGAGAGAAGUCUCAGCACUGCUCAGAGUGUGGGAAAGUUUUUUCCUGCUUGUCCAAGUUGAAACGACACCAGAGAAUCCACUCCAGAGGGAAGCCUCAUGAAUGCCAACAGUGUGGGAAAAGCUUUUUUCAGAGUGGCGAUCUCAGGAUCCACCUCAGAACACACACUGGAGAAAGGCCUUACUAUUGCUCUGAGUGUGGGAAGACUUUCACUUCAUCUGGCAAUCUUAAAAGUCACCAGAGAGUACACACUGGAGAGAAGCCAUAUCCCUGCUCCGAAUGUGGAAAGUGUUUUCCCCAUUCUAGCGACCUUAAACCUCACCAGCGACGACACCACACUGGAGAGAAGCCAUAUUCCUGCUCCGAAUGUGGAAAGUGUUUUUCCCUGUGUAGCGACCUUAAAAGGCACCAGCGAAAUCAUACUGGAGAGAAGCCAUAUCCCUGCUCUGAGUGUGGGAAGACUUUCACUACAUCUGGCCAUCUUAAAAGGCACCAGAGAGUACAUACUGGAGAGAAGCCAUAUCCCUGCUCUGAGUGUGGGAAGACUUUCACUACAUCUGACAGUCUUCAAACUCACCAGAGAGUACAUAGUGGAGAGAAGCCAUAUCCCUGCUCUGAGUGUGGCAAGACUUUCACUACAUCUGGCAAUCUUAAAAGACACCAGAGAGUACAUACUGGAGAGAAGCCAUAUCCCUGCUCCGAAUGUGGAAAGAGUUUUUCCACGUCUGACGAACUUAAAACCCACCAGCGACGACACCACACUGGAGAGAAGCCAUAUCCCUGCUCCAAAUGUGGAAAGUGUUUCCCCCGGUCUAGCGACCUUAAAAGCCACCAGCGACGACACCACACUGGAGAGAAGCCAUAUCCCUGCUCCGAAUGUGGAAAGUGUUUUCAUGAGUACAGCGAACUUAAAUCUCACCAGAGAGUACACACUGGAGAGAAGCCAUAUCCCUGCUCCGAAUGUGGAAAGUGUUUUUCCCAGUCUAGCGGACUUAAAAUCCACCAGCGAGGACACCACACUGGAGAGAAGCCAUAUCCCUGCUCCAAAUGUGGAAAGUGUUUUACCAGUUCUAGUCAACUUAAAAUUCACCAGCAACGUCAUAAUGUUCCAGGAGCCCCUGUCCGACCAUCUCCUUCGGCAGAGUCUCCUGUUCCUCCCAAGGACCCCUCAACACUGCAAGUACCAUUGAAGGUUCUGAUACUACAGCUGGUGGACUGCCGCCAUGUACUGGGACGGAAUAGCACAUUGACACUACUGGGAAGAAAAGAACCGAGGCCGUAGUGAUGACCAUCCGUUAGCAUCAAAUAUGUAUCCCAAGUCCCCUUCAAGGAAAGAUGAAGCUUAAAAAACGAGAAAAACUACAGAGGGGAAAUAUGCACAAAUUGAAAUAUGCACACACAUUAAGGGGAUUGGUGAACUUUAUCUCUGCAGUUUUAGUUUCUAUCUUAUGCAUUUCAUGUAUUCUAUUUUUUAACACUUUAUGCACUCUAUCACAGUUUUACGUUUGUUUUAUGUGAAUCACUGUGCAUAUAAUGUCUUUGUGUACUUAAUUUCUUUGGUGUUAAGAACUUUGAGCUGCAUUUUUUUGUACGAUAGGUGCUAUACAAAUAAAGUUUUGUAUUAUUAUUAUUA